AUGGCCAUCUCCUCGCGCCUCGCGCUCUGGGAGCAGAAGGGAAGUAUACGGGACGAGGACAGGGGGCCACCCCCGUCUGCCCCCCCCUUGCUCCUGUCUGUCAUUCCCGGGGGGUUCAUCAAGCAGCUUGUGCGGGAGACUGAGAAGGAAGCCAAGGUGGCCAAGAAGAAGAAGGAAACCAAGGCAAGCCUGAAAGAGGAGGAUCCCCAGCACUGCAGCAAAGUUCCAGUGAAGGAGGGGGACACCAAGAGCACCAAGAAGGAGAAAGGGGCAUCCCUGAUUCACCAGCAGCACCCAGCCAAGGUGGGAGCAAAGGGACUGCCAGGGCCAGACACGAGAGAGACUGAGAAGAUGAAGAAGGACAUUGGAGGUGGCAAGAAGGAGCCGAAGGAAAUAAAAAAGCCUGGAAAAACUACAAGCAAGUCAGAGGGGCCCAAGGAGGAGCCGGGAGGAAUCCAUGGAAAGUCAGAAGAUGUGGCAAAAGUGGUGGAAAAGGCUCCGGGGGAUGUUUGGUACGAAGCGGACAAGGUCUGGCUCAUCCAGCAGGAUGGAUUCACGCUGGGAGAGAGCAAAGAGGCACCAGGAGAGAGCAUGGACGAGGAGCAGGCUCCGGGGGAUGUUUGGUACGAAGCGGACAAGGUCUGGCUCAUCCAGCAGGAUGGAUUCACGCUGGGAGCCUCUUUUGGGACGUUUGGUGCUGAGGAAUGUGGUUUAAGCGCUGGACUUGGUGGAAUGGGGUUAAUGGCGUCCAAGGGGCGGCGGGACAGCGCAGCCCCGCACAUCUGCUCCCUGGCACAGAGAGCCCACCGGGCCCUGCUGCUGCAGCGGCGGGACCAGGCCAUCGUGCCCCUGGGCCGCAGCGGGGCCGGCAAGACCCAGAGCUGCCGGAGUGCCCUGGAGUACCUGGUGGGCACGGCGGGCAGCCUGGAGGGCAGGGUCUCAGUGGAGAAGAUCCAGGCAAUGUUCACGGUGCUGGGAGCCUUUGGGUCAGUGACCACCAGCCACAGCAGCAGCUCCACACGCUUCUCCAUGGUCCUGUCACUGGAUUUCAGUGCCACCGGCAGGAUAACUGCUGCUCACCUCCAGACCAUGCUGCUGGAGAGGGCCCGUGUUGCCCAGCAGCCCCCCGGGGAGAGCAACUUCAACGUCUUCCCCCUGAUGCUGGCGGGGCUGGACACGGCAGAGAGGACAAUGCUGCAUUUGCACCAGGUGACUGAGAGCAACUCCUUUGGGAUCAAGCCAUUCUCCAAGCCCGAGGAGAAGCAGAAAGCCUCAGCAGCCUUUGCCCAGCUCCGGGCUGCCAUGGGCACGCUGGGCAUCACGGCGGAGGAGCAGGCGGCCGCCUGGCGCCUCUUGGCUGCCAUCUACCACCUGGGAGCUGCUGGUGCCUGCAAAGUGGGCAGGAAGCAGUUCAUGAAGUUUGACAGUGCGAGCCGAGCUGCAGAGGUGCUGGGCUGUGACCUGGAGGAGCUCACCACUGCUGUCUUCAAACACCACCUGAAGCAGAUCCUGGCACAGGUGACAGCACGGGGCAGCCAGGCCCCCCCGGCAGAGGAGAUCCCAGCAGGGCCAAAAAUGACGGGUGUGGAGUGUGUGGAGGGGAUGGCUGCAGGUCUCUACGAAGAGCUCUUUGCCAUUAUUGUCUCCCUGAUCAACAGGUCAUUCUCCUCCCAGCACCACUCCGUGGGCUCCAUCUCCGUGGUGGACACUCCUGGCUUCCACAACCCGCGGCACCAGCAGGGCGGGCGCGCAGGGACCUUUGAAGAGCUCUGCCACAACUACGUGCAGGAGAGGCUGCAGGCCCUUUUCUAUGAGAAAACCUUCGUUUUGGAGCUGGAGAGAUACAGAGAGGAAAAUGUUGAGGUGUCUUUUGAUCUUCCAGAGCGCUCCCCACUGGCCCUGCUGUCUGUCAUCGACCUGAACUCCUCACAGGUAGUGCUGCCGGGCAGCCCAGGGGCCGAUCGCAAGGGGCUGCUGGGGAUCCUGGAUGAGGAGGUGCUGAUCCCUGGCUCUGGGGACAGCACUGCCUUGGACCGCCUCUGCUGCUACUUCUCCCCGAAGGGACCCGACCAGGAGGGGGCCAGCCCGCUGCGCCGGUGCCAGCAGGAGCUGCACUUGGAGCUGGGCCACCAGCUGGGCACCGACCCCGUGCGCUACGACCUGACGGGCUGGGUCAGCAAAGCCAAGUUCAACCUCUCGGCACAAAACGCUGCCCAGGUGCUGCAGCAGUCCAAGCUGUGCCGAGCGGUGACGGAGCCCCCGGGCUGCCCGGCAGCUGCUGCACCCGCUGGCAUCGGGGCAGAGCUGGUGAACAUGUCCCCGUGGGCAGCUCCUGACGCGCUCACCAACCUGCUCCGACGGUCCCAGCUGCACUUUGUCCACUGCCUUGUGCCAGGACUGGGGACGGAGGGGACAGACCCUCAGCCCCCCACAGCACCUGAGGCAGCCCUGCUGGACAUGCCCACCCUGAGAGCUCAGCUGGAGGGGACCCAGCUCCUGGAUGCCCUUCGCCUGCACCGCAUCGGGUACGCGGAUCACCUGCUCCUGACUCAGUUCCGAAGGCGUUUCCAGGUCCUGGCUCCAGAUGUCAUGAAGAAGUACAUCUCUGCCUAUGAGAUGCCAGAUGAGAGCAAGGCCAUAGAGGAGCUCUUGCAGGUGCUGGAUCUGGAGAAGAAGAGCGUUGCCGUAGGACGCAGCCAGGUUUUCCUGAAGUCAGGGGUCAUGUUCAGACUGGAGAAGCAGCGUGACAAGCUGAUAGCCCAGAAGAUGACCCUGCUCCAGGCUGCUUGCAAGGGCUUCCUCAGCCGUCAGAAGUUCAAGAGGUUGAAGAUCCAACGCCUGGCCAUCCGCUGUGUCCAGAAGAACCUGGUGGUCUUCCAGGCAGUCAGACUCUGGCCCUGGUGGCAGCUGCUGAGCCGUGUGCGGCCCUUGCUCAGUGUCAACCUCGGGGAGGAGCAGCUCCGUGCAAAGGAGGAGGAGCUGGCAGCACUGAGAAGGAAGCUGGAAAAAUCGGAGCAGGCAUGCAGUGAGCUCAGGCAGACUGCAGAGAAGCUGGAGAGCAAGAUCAUGGAGCUGACGGCGGAGCUGUCGGACGAGCGGUACAAGGGGGAUGCAGCCUGCCAGGCCCUGGAUGGGGAGCGGGCAGAGAGGCUGCGGGGUGGCCCGGAGCUGCAGGAGCUGCAGAGCAAACAUGACCAAGUGCAGAAGAAACUGGAGUUGGUGGAAAAGCAGCUGGAAGAGGCCCAGCAGCUGGUGCAGUUGCGUGAGAUGAAGAUAAGUGGCUCUGGAGGAGGUAGGGGUGUCCCUGAGGGGCGGGGGGUGCAUGUGCUGGGCAUCCAGCCUGACCGGCUGGCGCAGCUGGAGGAGCGGCUGGAGGCUGAGCUGGGUGCCAGGACCGAGCUGGAGCAAAAGCUGGGCGAGGCUCAGGCGGCGUGCGGGGCGGCCAGGAGGGGGUUUGACCUACAGUUAGCCCAGGCCCUGGGGGAGUCUGCCUUUGAGAAGAGCCUCCGGGAAAAACUGUCACAAGAGAACACCAGCAUCCGAUGGGAGAUGGGCAAGCUGCAGCAGAGCUUGGAGCAGAAGGAGGCAGAGGUGACCAGGCUGGCAGAGCGGGUGAACACACUGACUGGCCGGGUGCAGGAGCUCAGCACCCCCAGCCCUCGGGACCCCCACACUGUGCCCACACUCAAGAAGCAGCUCUGGGACCUGGAGGCCAGUGCUGCUGAGCAGAAGAAGGAGCUGGAGCGGCAAACAGCUGCUGUUGAUCACCUGGAGCAGCUCCACCAGAGGCUGGAGCUUGAGGUUGAACGGAUGAAGCAGAUCCACCAGAAGGAACUGGAGGACAAGGACGAGGAGCUGGAGGACGUGCGGCAGUCCUGCCAGAGGAGGCUCCGGCAGCUGGAGAUGCAGCUGGAACAGGAGCACGAGGAGAAGCAGACAGUGCUGCGUGAGAAGCAGGACCUGGAAGGGCUCAUCAGCACCCUGUGUGAGCAGGUAAGUGGAAUUCUGCCCCAAACUGCACAGCUCCGGCAGCUGGAGAUGCAGCUGGAACAGGAGCACGAGGAGAAGCAGACAGUGCUGCGUGAGAAGCAGGACCUGGAAGGGCUCAUCAGCACCCUGUGUGAGCAGGAAAGUGAAGCAAAGUGUGCCGAGGCCCAGAAGUCCCAUCAGAUGGCAGCCCUGGAGCUGGACAACCUGCACACAGAGCUGGAGACCCUCAACAGAAACAAGACCCUGGUGGAGGAGCAGCUGUGCCAGCUCCAGCACGAGCGAGCCGACCUCCUGAAACGCAUCGAUGAGGACCAGGAAGACCUGAAUGAGCUCAUGGCAAAGCACAAGGCUCUGAUUGCCCAGUCGGCAACAGACAUCGCUCAGAUCCGGGAGCUGCAGACCCAGGUGGAGGAUGUGAAGAAAGAGAAGCAGAGUCUUCAGGAGAAGCUGCAGGCAGCACAGGCCAGGGCAGCGCAGCUGGAGCAGAGCCCGGCCGAGCGCUCCAUCGUCAGCCGGCAGGAGGCCCGGAUCCACACCCUGGAGAGCCAGCUGGACUGCCAGGCCCUGCAGAUGAAGCGCUUUGAGGUGCUGGUGCUGCGCUUGCGAGACAGCAUCAUAAAGAUGGGUGAGGAGCUGGAGAGUGCAGCCGAGUCAGAGGCACGGGAGAAGGAGAACACCAGGUACUACCAGAGGAGGAUGGAGGAGAUGAAGGCUGACAUGGAUGAGCUGGUGCAGAGGGAGCUGGAUUCCAGCCGCCGACGCCUGGAGCUGGAGCAGCAGCUGGCAGAGCUGGCAGGGGCCCGGCAGGUGCUGCAGGGCGACCUGGGCACCUCCAUCCAGCGCAUUGCCCGGCUGCAGGCAGCCCUGGAGGACCUGCAGGGCAGCGACGGCAGCGACACUGAGAGCUGCCUGGAGCCAUCGCUGGAAGAUGUGGAGGUGGGAAGGGCCCCUUCUGGGGGGCUCCUGAGCUCCUCGUGCAGCGACGGGCCGGGCGAGGGGCUGGGCACUGACCCCUUCAGCUGGCGAAUCCCCACCCUUAACUACGAGAGGAAAACCAACGUGGACUUCGAUGACUUCGUCCCGGCCAUUCGCAAAUCCCGCUCCACCAGCAGCCUGGCCAGGCCCGGCAGGGACAGGCGGGACCACCGGCCCCUCACCGUCCGCUUCCAGGAUGAGGCCGCGGCAGGCAGCUCGGCAUCCUCCGAGGUGAAGGGCACAGCCAAGCGCAACCUGGCACCCCAAGAGGACCCUGGGGAUCUCUCCGACUCCUCCUCAUCCUCUGGCUCCCACCUCUCCUCCCGGAGUUCCGACAGCAUCAAGCGCCGGCCGCCCCGAGGGGACAGGGAGGGCACAGCCCAGGGCAGCGCAACGAGCCGCCGGCUGGAGGCAGAAGGGAAGGAGGAGGAUGUCAACAGCAUCAUGAGGAAAUACCUGGGAAAAGAUUAA